CUCCUCUUUCUCCUCAGCGACGGGGCGGGGAAAUAUGGCGCACGUCCCUCCCCUCUCUGUCUUCUGUUGCGACGGCGUGUGAGGCGUCGCUUGCGGCCUGCUGCCCAAGAUGUUUCCUCUGUCAGAAGGCGUGUAGUCAGCAAUACUUCAGCUUUGAAUUAAGAGUCCAUCAAGUAAGACUGAAACAAAAUGAAUGAGCAUCCAAAGAAAAGGAAAAGGAAGACUCUACACCCCUCUCGUUAUUCAGAUUCUUCUGGCGUCCCAAAAUACAUAGACAAUAGUGGCAUAUUUUCUGACCAUUGCUACAGUGUAUGUUCUAUGAAACAGCUAGACUUGAAGGUUUCUGAUAACCGAGGUAGAUUGCAUACUGCAGCACACACCACAGAUACUGAUGAGGAUGGCAGCCCAAUGCAUGCUGGGACAUCUCAGUGGAGUGGGGCCCAACCUAAUGUCAUGGGGUCACACUUCAUGGAUCUUAAAAAGAAAGAUAAACCUGCCAAUAAUGGGAUUUUUAAAGACACAUGCGAGUCACCUAUCUUCAGUGACAGUUUAACUGAAGAGGAGAAACCACUGGAUAUUCAAACUGUAGAAAUUUCUACUACUGAAGUCCAGGCUGUUGAAGUUCAUGACAUAGAAACUCAGACCAUUUCCCCAGAGAAGCUUGAAGCAGAGGAUGCUGAGGAAAUCCUAGUUGAAAGCUGCAAAGGGCUUGAGAAAAACUCUCCUUUGAAUGUCACCAUUCAGCCAAAAUGGCCUCUGCUGCGGGCCAACAGCAGCGGCCUAUACAAAUGCGAACGAUGUGCAUUUAACAGCAAGUACUUUUCGGAUUUAAAGCAGCAUCUUGUUCUGAAGCAUAAGACGUGUCCUGAGGGCAACAUCUGCCGGGUGUGUAAGGAGAGCUUUUCUUCCAAAAAAGUGCUUAUUGAACACUUAAAAAUUCACGAGGAAGAUCCUUACAUUUGCAAAUACUGUGAUUACAAAACAGUAAUGUAUGAGAACUUGAGCCAGCACAUAGCAGACACGCACUUCAUCGAUCACCUUUACUGGUGUGAGCAAUGCGAUGUCCAGUUCUCCUCUAGCAGUGAGCUGUACCUUCAUUUCCAAGAGCACAGCUGUGAUGAGCAGUACCUGUGCCAGUUUUGUGAACAUGAGACUAGCGACCCGGAGGACUUGCACAGCCACGUGGUGAACGAGCAUGCAGGCCGGCUGAUAGAGCUGAGUGACAGCUACCACAGCAGGCAGCAGCAAGGCCAGUACAGCCUGGUCAACAAAAUCAGCUUUGACAAGUGCAAGAACUUCUUUGUGUGCCAAGUGUGUGGUUUCCGCAGCAGGCUUCAUACCAAUGUCAACCGGCAUGUGGCAAUUGAGCACACCAAAAUAUUCCCCCAUGUUUGUGACGACUGUGGGAAGGGCUUUUCAGGCAUGCUAGAAUAUUGCAAACAUUUGAAUACACACAUGUCUGAAGGGAUUUAUUUGUGUCAAUAUUGCGAAUAUUCGACAGGGCAGAUUGGAGACCUCAAAAUUCACUUGGACUUCCGGCAUUCAGCUGAAUUGCCUCACAAGUGCACCGAUUGCUUGAUGAGGUUUGGCAGUGAAAAAGACCUUUUAAGUCAUCUUCAGGUUCACGAAACUGCUUGAUUGUGUGGAUUUUUUUCUCUGUCUAAGAAAAAUAUAAUUUGAAACAUAUUUCCCACAUAUUCUACCCAUAGAUAAAACUACGAAUGAAUCUUCCCUUACGUCACUAGGAGAGGGUCACUUUAGCCACAGCCACACAAUUAGAAUAUAGCCUUACCUAUGUUCAGUAGUUAACCCUGUAAAACUGGAACCCAGUGCUUUGCACUGAUGGCGCUGUGAUAUCAUGAGUGAUAGUGUAAGCUGCCUACAGACCUGAAUCUCACCAGCUUUACACGCACUGCACAGACGUUAAGGGGAAGUUCAGUGCAUUUGUACGCAGUGCAAAGGAUUAUUUCAUCUCUGUGCAUUUUUGGACAUCCUGACUUCAGAGUUUCUGCAUGUGGAAGAUAAGGACAUCAGUAUAAACAACUGUUGAGUUGGGAAGAGAGGGGACAGUUGUGUGUGUCAGUGAACCUGUUAAUGCACAAUAGCAUGUACAGUUGACAUCUGAAGACAACAUAGCAUGUUUUGUACCCAUGGAAGGAAAUAAAAAUAUACAGAUAAAUAUGUAUGUCAUU